CCCACAAUGGGGGAUGAUAGGAAAUCCUUAGCGGUAAAUCUUAGGUUAGUUUUAAUUAAAUAAAAUUAAAUUUCGUAACAGAGCUAAGGAUUGAUCCGUCGGGAAGGGAUUUAAGGAUUGAGUCCGUGAGUACGUGUCAUGGUUUGAUUGGGUAUGCGGGGUAUUGUGUUUCGUAUAGCAAAAAAAAAAAUCAAUCAUUCUCGACCGAAUGCGAGAAAAAAAAAUAGCUCUCAAGUAAAAGGCGACGAGAAGACGAUUUUGAAUCCGUCGGAUUUAUAUAGGUAAAUCGAAGCCUUCUCCGCUAGAUUAUUGGAUAUAGAUUAGCUUGGAUAACGUUUUCGAUGUGGGUAUGUAUCAUCUCCACCACAGGGAGCCACGAUUGGCCCGAACAGGCCUUGAGGAGAAAAGGGUAGGUGAAAUUAUCGGCGUAGAUUCCGUGGGGGUGAGAGUUUAGCGCGUUAGCCCUGAUCAUCGAAUUGCGGAGAUGGGUGUUGGGUCGCUGGACUUGGUUGAAAACCCUGACGGCUAGAGUCAGUUGGCGGCAGAGAGUGAGAGCGGAGAUUAGCUUCGGCGCGAUGGUUAGGUCUUGGUGGAGGUUUCGCCGGAUGAUCUGGGCGUGGAGCUGCUUCACGUGGGUUAGGGGCGCACCUGGGGAGUUCGUGGAGUUUCUCCUCAAGAUUCUCCGGGGAGCGACGUCAUGGAUAUCGGCUGCAGCAGCGGCCGUGGAGGAGAUGGUGAUCUGAUUGUGUGUAGAGGCGCAAUGGUGGCUUUGUGAAAGAUGAUUCUUACAGAGACUGGAUAUGCUCCUUUGUCUCGAACAGUUAUCUGUAAUAGGUGUGUGUGUAUGUAUAUCAGUAUCUAGCUGUUCGUCAGAGACGAUUUCUGCUUGCAGCAAAGCUCAAGUCCGAGGAGCGGUCAGUCAUUAAUCUUCACGACGACACAGCUUUAGAAGCGAGUAUCAACCUGAGUGGAAUGAGCGCCUAUACUUUGGGGACAAGGAGAGGUUAUGCUGCUUCAGUCACCUCAAGCACAGCAACUAAGGCAAGAGACUUGAGGCGCCAGAGAAAGAGCGGGAAGAUCCGCGCUGGCAGUGCGGAUGAGGAGAUGACUCUUGUUGAUCAUUUGAAGGGUAUGCACAUGACAGAAGAAGGAAAGAGAGAGCUCAAGUCGUUAUUGAUAUGUUUGGUAACGCUUGGUGAGAAGGAGUCCGCGCAGAAGUUGCAACAGACUGCAGAGAAUUUUCAGGUCUUCGUUAGCCCAUGAAAAAUUCUCUAAAUCUUGUUCUUGACUGAGUAAGUUGUGCGUUUUAAACAUCAAACUUUCCUGCUACAUUUUGUUCUUUUAAUAAAAAAAUUUCUUUUAAUUC